CAGUUGCUUUUUCAAUUCCUGAAAUUUAAUAGUCAUGACUAAAUGUUCUAGCCCUGUUACCGCUGUCCACAAAGAAGAGCAGGCCAGCAACAUCCGCCCGCAUGGUGGCAAAAAAUUAUCAAAAAAUCCCCAAGGGGGGGCGAAGCGCUACCUAGCGGCUUCAUGUCCGUGGGGUCGCGUGAUCUCUCUGUCUCGUAAAAAACUCUCCAUCGCCCCCACUGAAGGAUUCACGAAGGGAGUCGCCGAGGCCCCCGACGGCCCGUGGCUCCCAGCUCCAGCGCCAGGGAGUAAGGCCCCUGCGUCCAACAAUCGGUGAGGCCACUUCUGGGUCUGCAGCUUCCUGACCGCCACUUGAGUGUGCCGUGGGAUGCCAGGGCUCCCGUUUGUUGCACGACGCCACUAAGCCGAGAAAUGAAUCCUCAGGUUUGACAGAAGUAAACUAACCACGCACUUUCUCUUCUCACCCCGACGUCGCAAAGGUCUCCUUUGCAGAGGGGAGCUCGAGGUACCUACCCACCCAACCAAAGGGCACUCCGGCAUCGUUCGCUUUCCACUCGGGAGGGAGACACGUAUCCCGGCGUCCUCUGGGCCGGCGCUGCUCUGGCCGGCGCCCGGCGUCUCUAUGGUGCUGACCGAGUGAAGCGGAGAGAGGCGGGGCCGCUGUUCGCGCCGCUGCUGGCUUCCGCCGUGAGAACCGAGGGGUGCUGGGAAUGUAAACAAGAACAGACUAUUCAUUCCUGAUGGCUGUUAGUAUAUACUGAGAUAUGGCAUCUGAGACUGAGAAAACCCAUGCUCUUCUCCAGUCUUGUAGCACUGAAUCCCUUAUUUCCAGCCUUGGUCUGGGGAUAUUUUGUCUUGUAGCUGACAGACUUCUUCAGUUUUCCACAGUUCAGCAGAAUGACUGGCUUCGAGCCUUCUCAGAUAAUGCAGUACAUUGUGUGAUUGGCAUGUGGUCAUGGGCAAUAGUCACUGGAAUCAAGAAGAAGACUGAUUUUGGAGAAAUUAUUUUAGCUGGAUUUUUAGCCUCUGUUAUUGAUGUAGACCACUUUUUUCUAGCUGGAUCCCUGUCUUUGAAGGCUGCUUUGACACUUCCAAGAAGACCUUUCCUUCACUGUUCUACUGUGAUACCCAUCGUGGUUCUGACCCUGAAAUUUACUAUGCACCUUUUCAAGCUCAAAGACUCAUGGUGCUUUCUUCCCUGGAUGUUGUUUAUAUCCUGGACCUCACACCAUAUCCGAGAUGGGAUUCGUCAUGGCUUAUGGAUAUGCCCGUUUGGAAAAACUUCUCCUUUGCCUUUCUGGCUUUAUGUAAUAAUCACAUCAUCUUUACCUCACAUCUGUUCAUUUGUUAUGUAUUUAACAGGGACCAGACAAAUGAUGUCUUCAAAACAUGGAAUUCAUAUUGAUGUCUGAGGUAGCCAUAUGGCUGUCUUAGAGAAGCAAAUGGUUUAGAUGAUGAUAAUUUAGGAUAGCCAACAUUAAAGUGAAUUUUUAAAAAGUA